GAGCCAGUGAGGACGAGGGGCCAGAGCAAGAGAGAAAAAGUGAGAGAGGGAGGGAGAGCGUGAUGAAGGCGGGCAGAGCAGGAUGAGGAUAGCAUCGUUGGGGAUGAUUCAUCCAUCGACGCCGGGAUGGGAGACGGCAGAACUGCAAGGUGCAGGAGAGCCGAGCCGUGAUGUAGGAGCCGCGCCUUUGUGGCAACAUGGAGGCACGUAGCACCCGCUGAGGGAGAGAGCCUCUUUAUUGUAGCCUAGCAGCAUCAUCAGCACCAUUCGUCCGACAGACCUGAGCGGGGUGGAAGAGGAGGAGGUGGAGGAGGGCGAGGAGGAGGAGGAGAGGGAGGCUGAGAUGGGCUCCCAUGUUGCUCAGACCCUGCGUCAGGGCGUAUGGGCGUCUCUGACUGGGGGCUGGUAUCACGACCCGGAGCAGAAGAAAUUCAACAACUCAUGCCACCUCUAUCUGUGGAUCUUCCUGCUCAUGCUACCACUGUCUCUGCAUCUGGCCUUGCCUCCUACCACCAUGGCCCUGAGCAUAUACUGUGCUUCCGUCACCGUCUUCUUCGUGCUGGUCAAAACAGCCAACUACCGGCUGCACGUACUGUUUGACGAGGGCGAGGCAGUGGUCCGUAGCAGCCUCUCGGAUCUUAGCAGGGCCGCAGACAAGAAGAGUAACACUGCCUCCGAUGCCUGCCUGCCCUCCAACAUCAGAAAGAGCAGCACCGUCCCAGACAGCGUUGCCAUGACCAUGCUGACUUGCAAGCGUCCUAGUCAGGUGAUCCAGGUAACCGUCAAACAGACGGAAACCGACACAGGACUGAUCGGGGUGGACGGUUCCAAAUCAGAUGAGGGGAAGACGGUAGAAGACUGUGCCACAGAGGAAAGACCAGGGGAGACAGUCCCACAGCCAAGGAUGGAGCCUCCCCCAGAGGACUCCACUGUCAAGGAUCCUCCUUUGCUGCAGGCUCAGCAGAGGCCCACAUCCCUCAAGGAAAGACAGGAGAGUCCGUCUGUGGAAUUAAUCGCUGAAAAUAUGGAACAAGCAAAUGAUGAAAGACGAGAGGAGGAGGCCAGUAACGAGAAAGAGGAAGCAUGUGGAGAAACAGUUGAAGGUCUUCCCCCACCUGAAGGAAAUGAAGAUGACGGCAAUGUGAAGGAGAGCGAAGGGCAAAAGGAGCCUUCAGACGCCAACAAUAACUCACUGGAGAUCCAUCGAGAGUGCACUCAUGAACUCAUCGACAUUACAGAUCCAGCUAUACAGGAUGAGCAAGGGGAGGAAACGUACUGCUCUGAUGAAAUAGAAGUUGUCCUUACAGACAGCUCUGCUCCAGUGCCAUCGUCCCCUCCUCAUCACCUGGACGUUGAUGCGGUCAAGAUCGUCAUCACCAUGAAUUGUGAUCCCCGCACCGCCGCUCAGCUGGAAGAUGGUGUCAAGCAGAGCCUUUUGGAGAACGUCCAGGCACAAGAAGGUGCAGGAGAAUGCCACAUCAAAAUCCCAGUCAUCACCUUUGACCUGCCUGAGGAUGAGAAGCAGGAAAUGGAAGAUGCACAGGAAAAAGAAGAAGCAGACCUGUUAGAGGAUGAGACUGUUUUGAGACAGACAGCGAGCCAAAAUGAGAAGUUCUACUUGUGCAGAGACACUAUAAGCUCAGAUUCGGCCGUCUUGGAAAGUCCCCAUCUGGAUGGAGAGAAAGGCCCCACUAGCCCACAGCAGACCAAUGACAACAGCUCGUCCGGAACUGACGUCCACCACGAUAACACUGACCCUCCCAUUUCCAGCGCAGACCCUCAAGGUUUCCUUCGUCUGCCACCUGCUUUGGGCCGCUACGGUCCCGGAGGAAGGACGCACUUACGCGGGCUGAGCAUGGACAGCGGGAAAGAUGCCGUGCUGCUCUCGGACCGCUCCCAAAACACAACCACUAUGACCACCUCCAAGUCAGAUUUGGAGGCAAAAGAAGGCCAAAUUCCCAACGAAUCAAACUUUUUGGAAUUUGUUUCCCUGUUGGAGUCACUCAGCACCCGAGUGAUCGCCAGGGAAGAAGAUGGAUCAGAGUUCCAGGUAGAGGCGGGAUGCUCCGUGGAGAUGGAAAAGAAACACUCAGAGGAUACGGGUGCAUCAUCCAAAGCAGACGAGCCCAAAGAUAUCAAACCACACAGCAAAGCAGAACGACCUAAACCACCCACCAGUCUGGCUCCAGACAAGUCUGUUCUGCCAAUCCACAUUCCUAUUGUCUCACCAGAUAGCCCGCAGACGGAAAAAGAUCCUGACUACGACUCUCUGCCUUCCCAAACGUCCCAGUCGGAAAGUUCCAUGCUGCAGGUCAUUUGUCGACCAGAGGCUACGAGCAAGGAAGAAGCGUACACCUUUCACACUGUGCACCGAGAGAGGCCACGUAAGCUUUACGCUGAACGAGCUCUCAACCUGCCGCUGGGAGCCGAGCUGAUCACUGGCAACAUGUGUGACCUGCUGUCCACUUCUUCUAAUUCGGAGUGCCAGGACAGUGUGGUGGCCGGUCACGCUGACUGUCCUUUUCAACGUCGCAUAAUUCCUUCGCACCGACUUCGUCCCAGGAGGACGCACCCCGAGAUCUUUCAGGAGGAAGACUCUUUAGAUGACUCCUCAGAGACAUCCACUCAAGAGAAGCCCACCAGAAAGAUUUACUACAAGCUCAAGCUGUUUCCCGGCAAGUGGGUCAACAUUUUAUACGACAGACUCACAUUGCUUGCCCUUUUGGACAGGAACCAAGAGGUUCUGGAGAACAUGGUGGCUGUUUUCAUGGCUUUCCUGGUUUCCUUCCUGGGUUUUGUGCUGCUCAACGACGGCUGCUUCAAAGACUUUUGGGUCUUCCAGUUCUGUCUGGUCAUCGCAAGCUGCCAGUACUCCUUACUGAAGAGUGUUCAACCAGAUGCAGCUUCACCGACACAUGGUCACAACCAACUCGUGGCUUACAGCCGCGCUGCCUACUUCUGCAUCUUUUGCUCGCUCAUCUGGACUCUGGAGCAGCUCCUGCGCAAGAAGGACCUACCCGUGUCCACCUUGUAUGGUGUCACCAUUGUGUGCCACGACGCGUUGCGCUUCUUACAAAAUCUGCUAGUGGGUUUUACACAUUGCUUCCCAAUCAUGUUCCUGGUUGGCCUUUUCCCGCAAGUUAACACCUUCACCAUCUACCUGCUGGAGCAGAUUGACAUUCACUUUUUUGGCGGCACAGCUGCUACUAGUCUGAUCUCGGCAGUGUACAGCGUCGUCCGCAGCUUGGCGGCUCUGUCUCUUCUCUAUGGCUUCUGCUUCGGGGCUCUCAAGGAGCCUUGGGACGAGCAGCACACGCCGGCCUUGUUCUCUGGUUUCUGCGGCCUUCUGGUGGUCUUCUCUUACCACCUGAGUCGGCAGAGUAGCGACCCCUCUGUCAUGCUAUCCCUGAUCAAAUCCAAAGUGAUGCCCCAGUUGGUGGAAGGUGACGAACAGGAGGAAGGUCAAGACGCGGACAUCGAAGACCCUCUGCCUAAGAAGUUGCGGAAUUCUAUGAAGGAGAUUCUUCUGUCAGAUGUGAUCGUGUGCUCGCUGGCGUACAUCUUGACUUUCGCCAUCACAGCAAGCACAGUCUUCCUGUCGCUAAAGCCCUUUGUGACCAUCGUACUGUACGCGUUGGCCGGCACGAUAGGCUUCGUGACGCACUACCUCAUCCCCCAGCUGAGAAAGCAUCACCCCUGGCUGUGGAUCUCGCACCCGCUGCUCAAGACCAAAGAGUACCACCAGUUUGAGCCCAGAGAGGACGCAGUACUGAUGUGGUUCGAGCGCCUUUAUGUGUGCCUACUGUGCUUCGAGAAAUAUGUGGUGUACCCCGCCAUCGUACUGAGCGCGCUAACCAAUGAUGGUUUUGCCCUCAGCCACCGCAAGAGGCUUGGCAUCCAUUUCGACGUCCUGCUGACGACUGUGGCCGGGAUGAAGCUCCUGCGCUCCUCCUUUUGUGACCCAAGCUUUCAAUUCCUCACCUUGCUCUUCACACUGGUCUUCUUCCAUUUCGACUGCCCGCAUGCCUCCGAAAGUUUCCUUCUCGACUUCUUUGUCGUAUCCAUCCUCUUCCACAAGAUGCGUGAGCUGCUGCUGAAGCUUCACUUUAUCCUGGUCUACAUCGCCCCCUGGCAGAUCGCUUGGGGCAGCGCCUUCCACGCCUUUGCCCAACCCUUCGCAGUACCUCACUCUGCGAUGCUGCUUUUGCAGACUCUGAUCACCACAGUCUUUUAUACCCCACUGGCCCCGUUUCUGGGUAGUGCCAUCUUCAUCUCCUCAUAUCCGCGACCCAUUAAGUUCUGGGAGAAAAACUACAAUACGAAGCGCAUUGACAACUCCAACAGCCGCCUGGUGUCUCAAGUGGAUAAAGAGACAGGCUGCGACGACAACAACCUCAACUCGAUCUUCUACGAAUACCUGACACGCUCGCUUCAGCACUCGCUAUGCGGCGACCUCAUGCUGGGCCGCUGGGGUAACUACAGUGCCGGGGACUGCUUCAUUCUGGCCUCGGACUACCUCAACGCCUUGGUACAUCUUAUCGAGAUCGGCAACGGCUUGGUCACCUUUCAGCUACGCGGGCUGGAAUUCAGGGGAACCUACUGCCAGCAGAGGGAAGUGGAAGCCAUCACUGAAGGUGUGGAGGAGGACGAUGCCUGCUGCUGCUGUGAGCCGGGUCACUUGCCCCAUAUGCUGUCUUGCAACGCCGCCUUUAACUUGCGCUGGCUGGCUUGGGAAGUAACGGCCACCAAGUACCUGCUGGAGGGUUACAGCAUCAGUGAGAACAACGCCGCUACAAUGCUGCAGGUCUAUGACCUCCGCAAGCUGCUGGUCACCUACUACCUGAAGAGUGUUAUUUACUACCUAGUGCACUCCCCAAAGCUGACCACCUGGCUGAAGGACGCCACCAUUCAUGAGGCACUGCAGUCUUAUACAAAGUGGCACCACAUCGAGCGAGACCCCCAGGUGUUCAGCGUCAAGAUAGACGAGGACUACGUACACUGCUUGCAGGGGGUGACGCGAGCCAGCUUCUGCAAUGUGUACCUGGAGUGGAUCCAGUACUGCGCUGGCAAAAUGGAGACGCCUGUCGACAGCGAUGAAGACUCCCCUCUGGUGACUCUGUCGUACGCUCUGUCAGUUUUGGGAAGACGAUCACUUGGAACAGCAUCGCACAACAUGUCCAACAGCCUGGAAUCCUUCUUGUAUGGUUUCAACACACUGUUCAAAGGCGACUUCCGCAUCGCCACCAAGGACGAGUGGGUUUUUGCCGAUCUUGACCUGCUGCAGAAGGUGGUGGCUCCUGCUGUCAGAAUGAGCCUGAAGCUCCAUCAGGACCACUUCACCUGUCUGGAGGAGACUGAAGAGGCAUCCAUUUUGUACGAGGCCAUUACAAACUACCGCGGCAGCCUGGUCAUUUGCCACGAGAGUGACCCGGCCUGGCGCAAGGCGGUGCUAUCCAGCUGUGACACGCUGCUCACGCUGCGCCACAUGGUGGACGAUGGCACGGAUGAAUACAAGAUCAUCAUGCUCUACAAGCGCCACCUCAGCUUCAAAGUCAUCAAGAUCAACAAGGAGUGCGUGCGAGGCCUCUGGGCGGGCCAGCAGCAAGAACUGGUCUUCUUACGGAAUCGCAACCCGGAGCGUGGCAGCAUUCAAAACUCUAAGCAGGCAUUGAGGAACAUGGUCAACUCGUCGUGCGACCAGCCACUAGGCUACCCCAUGUACGUGUCGCCGCUGACAACGUCAUACGCGGGAACGCACCGGAUGCUGCGCACUAUCGGAGGUGGGGCAUCCAGCUUGGAUGCCAUUCGAUCCUGGCUGUGCUCCAAAUGGCUCAGAGUGCGCAAGGACAACCUGAACAGCUGCAACAGCGGUGUCAAUGUGGAUGAUGGUGACUGCGGCACAGGAGGUUCAUCAUCCCUGAGCCACAACCGGCCGUCUUCGGUAACCUCAAACAGUUUGAGUGUUUACCAGCAGAGAGCCCCUCGUACCACGCGCAGUCACCGGCACCACAACUCGGCAAGGAGAGAGUAUCGAAGCAGGUCGGUGCAACCUCAGACUCAGCGCCCGCCAGUCAGCAGCCAAUCGGGACCCAUCGUGGACUCGGCCUCCAAUCAUGGCCUGGUCCAGCGUCUGUCCAACAGCCAGUUGUCCUUCAACACUUCCAUAGCCUCCAUCUUCUCCCAAGUCCCUCGUCUCUCGGGAAAUGGCGGGAUUAACUCACAGCUCCAGGCAGCACAGAAUCAGCAGCGUUCCAGUCAGGUGUCGUCCUCCUCCUCCACCCUGAGUCUACUGUUCGGCAAGCGCAGUUUCUCAAGUGGCCUGGUUAUCUCAGGGCUGUCCGCGGCAGAGGGGGGCAAUACGACCGACACGCAGUCGUCGUCUAGCGUCAACAUCGCUAUGGGACCCUCACACCGGUCAGGGAGCAGGGCCACGCAGUGGACUUCCGAGCCUUACGAAAGCAUCGACGAGACAGUUCCCGACGCCGCUGUCGAACAGUUACACGACCGGAGCGUUAGCCAGGGGUUGGAGAAGAUGCCCUCAGAGGACAUCGCCUCGACAGCUCCUGAGGCAACGGAUGAAAAGACUGUUUGAGAACGCGUAUAUAAGUGUUCUCAUUUCUAGAGAGGACUGAACGAUUUAUUCUUGUCCAGUAGGAGACCAACCGUAAUGCACAGCGACCUGCCUCCACAUCCUCAGCAUGUGCUCUCACCUUUGUUCUCUGAAUGUACUGUCAACACUAUCAUUGAUACUGUCAACAAAAUAAAACAUGUUUUUAACUUAAGCCUCUCAGUGGUCUUUCCAUACAGGCCGGAGGGUAGGGGACUGUGCAGUCGUUAAAUCUCUCAUUUUGUCUUCCUGA